UUCUCCCAAAUAUGGAAAAAAAAAAUUCUUAAGGGUUUCUUCUUCACCAACUAAACAUACUGCUGCUGCUUCUUGGGGCUACUAUAAUGGACUCAAAAUCUGAAAUUGGUGUGAAAAUGGUGAGGAAUAAGAAAGCCUGUGCAGCUUGUAAGUACCAUAGGAAAAAAUGUUCACCAGAAUGUCCCUUAGCUCCAUAUUUUCCUUCAGAUACAGGGGGAGAAGAUUUCCAGCAUGUUGUUAAAGUUUUUGGUGCAAGCAAUUUCACAAAGCUGCUUCUCAAAUCAGCUGGUGCGGAACAACGUUCAGCGGCUGAGACCAUGAUAAUGGAGGCAAGGGCUAGAAGAUCUGAUCCUGUUCAUGGGUUGGGAGGGAUUGCAAAGGCCCUUUCAAAGAAAUUGAAUGAUCUUGCUUCUCAACUUGCUUUUGUCAAUCAGCAAAACCAAUUUCAUCGUCACCGCAGUGGAGUGAUGCAGCAAGAACACUGGAAAGUUGAAUCGAAUGAAGCUUCUCCGUCGCCACUAAGGGCAGCAGUACCAUUUUCUUCCCUGCAAGAAUGUGGCAGUAGUAGUUUUACACAAAAUGAUCAAUUCUCGCCGUAUUUCCGAACUGCACAAGUUUAUUAUGAUGCCACAAAGCCUUCUGGUAGUUCAAUAUCUGCUAAUCUGGGAGACACUUCUAUGGCCAAAGUGAAGCACCAUAACAAGGAGUCUGAUGGGUUGUGGGAGAAUUCUGAUCACUUUAGAGCGGGAGUUGUGUUCAAGCAGUCGAAAGAUGCUGAAGGCUUGACUAAGACUUCGGAUCAGGAAUACAAGGGCAUCGUACGAAACUAUGAAGACUAUGUGAAUCUCAGUCAGGAAAAGAAGAACAAUGUCAAGUGCUCCAUGGAUGUUGAGGAACCAGAUCUGAAGAACUGCAUAUAUUACAAUGAAUGGACUGCAAAGUUCAAUCAGGAUGGAGAGGAGGCUGCUGCGGAGUACUCCCAUCAUCUCAAAGAAGAACCAGAGUGCAGUGUUGAUUCAACUGCAAAGGGAGGCGAGUAAUUUUGGUGAAUGAAGAACAGAUAAAUAUGGAGAGCUUUUACUGGUGCCAAUGUCAGUGGAAUAAUAGAUGUCAGAUGGUUGUUUGUAAAGCAAAAGAGUUCAGAAAGUAUAUCAAGCAGUAUAACAUAACUUAACAUAGGAGCAAAUUUUGAUUUCCUCAAAACUUAGAUAGUUCAUGAAACUUCAUUUCUACUUGUUUUGCAAUUUCUUCUAUAAGUUAUGCGACUUUGAGAGAAAUUUUGGAAUGUAUGUUUAUGUGCAAAU